CAACUACCAUUCCCUGUCAAGCCCAGACACCAACCAGUCAAGCGCCAUGGAGCUUUCCUAGACCUUCUUCAGGUUAUAUGAAACAGCAGGUUGCUGAACGUAAACAGAGGACUUUAUGAACAAUCUGAUGGUUCCAUCACCUACCAUUCAAUCCUAAGGCAUCUGCCGACUCCUUGUUCCCGCCAUCGUCAUCGUAUCCGUCACUUAGGAUGCGCUUUCGACUGAAUUCCGUAGGGGGUGUCUGAUUGGUUUCAUCUUUUUUAUGUGUAUUGUCGUUCGAUGAUUGACCCGAUAUCGCUUUCUGCUUUCCACAAUCUCAAAUGGAAGCUUGAGUUGGCUAGAAAGACCUGUAAAUGAUAUUAUCUGGAAAUUCUUCAGGGGGACAGAAAGUGACGGAGACCAGCUGUUAGAUUAGAUCUCAUCUGUAUUAAAGUAUUAUUGCCAGAGAGAAAAAGAAUAGAUUCUCUCCACCUUUCUCUCUUUUUCUCUCUGUUAGGCUUGCUCGGUCUGUUUUUCCGGGGAAGUUAGCUGACGGGUCGAAGCCGGUGAGCUUGUUCGUCUUAGUACUGAUGGAGGAAGCUUCGAAUGGGAAGGUCAAGGAGGCCCUUCAAAAGGUUGAGGGUGUUGUGAAGGAAGAUGCUGAGUAUGUAGUUGAUUCGGUGAAGGAGCUGGUGAAGGAGUUGAUGGAUGGAGAAUCUGAGGCAGUGGCAAAGGAAAGUGAAGAUCGGAAGGACGCAAGCUGGAGCAGCAGCUCCGAUGAAGAAAAGGAAGAGGACCCGAGAGAGGAUAACACUGAGAAUGCUGGCCCUGUUGCAGCUGUAGAGGAGACGGUCGAGGAGGUCUCCGAGACAGUUGUCGACUCGACCAUUGCAGAAUCGGAACCGAGCGGUUCUCAGGAACAGAAGGAAGUUCCUGAAGUGGAGUAUAAGGAAGAGGAAGUGGCAAUUGUGGCUUCGUCCGAAGGGAAGAACGUGGUCGAGGUCACUGAAGCUGUGACGGAGCAAAUCAGUGAGACGACAUUACUGCCACCGGUGGAAACCAAAGCGGAACCGGCUCCAACUAGUUCGGUUUUGCCAAUUCAGGAUGAGAGCAGAGGCGAUUUAGCACCUAAGGAAAGUGAAGAUCCGCCUCCGCAACCACCUGCUGCAGAGACUCCAGUGACCACGCCCAUCAUUCCAGUAAGUCACCGGGUCCUACACCCAACUUCGUGGAGGAGUUGCUGCGGGCUAUUCGACGCCUUGAGGCGCUCCAACAGAUAAAUCUGAGAUGCCAACUCCUUUGGAUUCUUUCAUGGUUUCAGGAAAAAGAAAAGGGCGCCAUGGAAAUUCAGACUUUGCUUUCCAGUAAACGAGGGCUUUUCAGUUUCAUUCCAAAAUCAGAGUAUUAUUGCGUGUAAUUGCCUUUCACCGUUUUGUGUUGGACUUUCAUAGCCAUUAUUGUUAUGAGCGUGAAAGAGUGGUGUUCAAAGACAAUCCGAUUCAUUUUGUUUUUCCCCCACUGGUAGAAUCAUAAUCUAUGCCUUUUUCGCGUUCGGUCGUUGAAGAACCAA